UUAGUUGUCAAAUCUGACAGGAGCCUUCCAAAAUUUAUCUUUAGUGAUUCCCUCUUUAUCGCAGUAAUUUUUCUACGUUCAAAGAUCAUUUAAAUAUUUUCUCCAGUCAUGUAAAAUAGACAUGAUAGAAUUUUUCGUAGAUUAGUAAACAAUUGUAAAAUCUAUAAAAAUGGUAUCAAUAUUGAAAAAUCAGUUAUUAAAACAUCUUCAAAGAUUCACCAAAAAUUUAUCAGCUGAUAAAAUAAAUCUCAGCACUUUCAAAGGAGAAGGUGAACUAUCUAACUUGGAAUUGAAUGAAAUAGUUUUAACAGAUCUUCUUGAGUUGCCAUCUUUUUUGAGAUUAACAAAAGCUUGGUGUAAUAAAGUCUCAUUUCGAAUACCCUGGACUAAAUUGAGGAGCGUUCCUAUACAUUUGAACCUUGAUGAAGUAAACAUUACUAUAGAAACAUGCGAAGAACUACGAUCUAUGUCAGCUCAGUCUGGACUUUCCGAAUAUGCUAUGGCUCAGGGAAAAUACGGAUACAUCAAUAAGGUCAUUGAUGGAAUCACUGUAACAGUGAAUCAUGUUAAUAUUCUUUUCAAUAGUCCAGCUUUUUCAGCAACUAUACAGAUCUCACGCAUCUUAUUAGAAUCAAAGUCCCCAAAAUGGGAAAAGGCAGAUUUGAGGAUGACAAGAUUGAAGGAGCCAAGCAAGGGGCAGUUGCUGAUUUUCAAGGAAUUAGAAUGGCAAACUCUUAAAAUAGAAGCUAAGUCAACUAAAGAUACUAAUCUUACACCUUUAAGACUGAUAACUAACCAAGCAACAUGUAGAAUUGUCAUAAAGAAAAGACUGUCAGAUUGUUUUGUGAUGGGUUCGAGGUUAGUCAUUAUAUUAGAGGAUUUGCUAUGGGUGUUAACCGAUUCGCAGCUAAAAGCUGCUCUUCAUUUUGCUGAUUCUUUAACUGGACUCAUCCAGAAAGCCACGCAAAUAACCCGUAAAACAAAAGCUGCUAGAAAAUUAGAGGAACUACCCGAAUAUCAAGCUCAGUUACAACAGGAGGCUCGUACAAAAGAAUCAACUUCCACAUCUAGACCUUUUGCUAUGAAUGAUGUUGUCGAAACCUCCUAUCAUUUCCUUUGUUCCCAGGUAGUUCUUCACUUGUGUGAUGACCCAGGAACCGGUAGGUCUAGUCAUCCUAAUCUGAAGGAAGGAGGAGCACUUCAGGUCAAUGUUUCCAAAUUCCAAGUUGAUUUUUACCCUUACCAUUUGGCCAAAGCGAAUAGGAAACAUUGGCCCAAGUACAAUGACGCCAGUUUUCCUCAUACACAAUGGCAGGACCAAGCUUUGAGUUCCUUCAAAACGAAAUUUCUUGAUCUGAUCAAUAAAAAUAGGACACCCCAUGCUUCCUUGAGCAGAACAGCAAAGACAUCACAAAGUGAGCCAAAAAAGAUGCCAAGCCCACUUAAUACAGAUGUCAAACAGAAGAUUGAAAAUCAGCUGGCUAAAUUGAUGACUUCAUGUACAAUCAUAAGAGUGGAUGAUUUCACAGUACAUAAGGUAACAAGUCCAGGAAAGAAGCAGCCUUUUAAGGAAUUUGUUUGUGGAGAUAGAGAUAUUAUGCAACUGCCUAAAGAAAGUAGCAUUGCACAUGCAGAAUUUAUAUAUUAUUACUACCCUGAUGAAAGUUUAUUUCCAUUGCCACCUCCAAAAUUUUAUGUACAAAUCAAUCCCGUUCAUGUAUCUUUCGAUAUUGAUACCAUCCUGUGGGCCAAUUCUUUUGGGCUCAAUUUGUAUCAAUCCCUCAUGGCUUCCAAGCCCGAAUUGCCAUCUUCCAAUCUCACUUACAUAGACGUCAAGAUAGAAUGCAUUCUGCCUCGUAUAAGCUUUGAGAGUAAUACAAGCCACGUAAAUCAGAAGGAUCGCCCGAAAAUUCUCAAUUUCCAAGUUACCAGAGCCACGGUUACCAAUGUCAGGAGUUUAGAACAAUCAUCAAGGGCGGAUUUGGCUAAAUGCGUGGAUUCGUUCCAUAUGGGAUCUUUGUUUUUUGGUUCAGGUUUUCCAUCUGAUCCGAGCGAUUUUUAUAUUGUUACUCAAAAGUUUCUCGAUCACAUAUCGUCUUGUGAUAAUAUUAGGAAUGUGCCUGAAGAAUUAGAUACUUCUAGUUUAAAUGCUUUGAUGAAUCAACUUCAUAGAGAACUCCUAUGGACGGAAGCCAAAGAUGUGUGGUGCAUAAAUUUAGACCCAGUUUGGGGAGAAUUUCUUGGUGCUCGCGCCGUAGGCAUCAGCAAACCUGUUCCAUUUUUAGACGCAGUUCCUGUAACAAUAUGGUUGCACAGUCAAAUGGACCCGAAUUCUACUCUGAGGACGAACAACGACCACAGUGCUUCGACAACUGCCGAUAUCCAUGCAUUGACACAAAUUUCGAAUCUAGUCAGCGUCCAGAUCAAUCAUUAUCAAUAUUUAUUUUUACUCAGAUUGGCUGAAGAACUGGCUGAAUUGGCUACGUUCGUGUCAUUGGAUUCGAAUAGGAUAAUCAAGGUGGAAAGUAGUGGAUCACUGGUAGUGGGAGCGUUACUACCACAAGUAGAAGUGACCUUUGUUAUGCCUUCACAUUGCCCUGGAAAAGAAUCAUCCGGAGCAGAUGCAGAGUCUUUCUUACCGGACUCUUCAAGUAUCAUGGAUGACAUGCUAGUACAUGGUUCUGCUGCUACUGUCUGGCAAAAUAGCAGUCUUUCCAUCACACAAGCUGAUCAUCCACCCCCAAAAAAAUCUAUUCCAAAUGGAUCAAGCGCUGCGAUGACUAUGUCGGCCAGUCAUUCUAUGGAUUACAUGAAUCAUGCUCCUCCUUUGAAAGCUUUAUCGAAAGAAAGGCAGGAAACAACUGUUGGUGCAAAGUCUGACGUGAAGACUAUACAGAAUAACAUAAAUGAAGGUCUGUCCUCCAUGAAGAAAGGAUUUUCCAACUUCAUGUCUUCAAUAGACAGCGCCCUGAAACCAGGCGGGGACGACGCAAGUGAUACACUUUCCAUCCGAAGCGAUUCGAGUGAUUCCGAAAAUUAUGUUGUGGUGAAUAUCGCAGACGAGGGAACCACGUGUGACUUGAUGUUUUCCCUGAAGACUAACUACGACUCCUCUGAGUCGGGGGCUGCAGCUUUGAUUGAAAUGGCCAGCGAGGUCAUUGAGGAAGAAAGUACAGUCACAACCCUUAGUGAACCCUCUAUGCACGAUAGUUGUCGAAGGAAAGACUUGGUAUCUGUUGCAACUUUCAAAUUGAGUAAGGUGGAAUUUCUCCAUCAGUCUGUGGGUUAUUCUUCAUCAAUUAAAUUACAAGUUGGCAAUAUCAAGUGUGACGAUUGUAACUCAAUUCCGUGGGAUGAAUUUCAGAGAAAGUUCAGUUCCCGUUCCAGAGGUUGGUCAGACGAUCCUGCUGAUACAAAUACGACGCCUAAGGUGAAGCUGAGACUGAAUCACAAUCUGACCUUGCCAAACUCUAAAAGUAUGAUGGAACUCGAUUUUACAGAUAGAGAGAACAUUAAGAAAUUAUUCCAAGAUAAUCUGAUCGUGAAAGUCGAUGAUUUAUCCUUAGUUUUAUCUAUGAGUGUUGUGACCGGUCUCACAGAUUUGAUAGAAGAUGAAAUUAUUCAAACUCCGAUUCCACUACAGCUAGUUUUGAAUAAUGUUCAUAUCACCCUCAAUGAGGAUAGACCACCAGCCAACAUAACUUCACCAGGACCGGUACCGGUAGAUUUGAAUAUAUGCCAGUUGUAUAUAACACAACAAGGGGAUGGAGUUUUCAAUAUUCUACCACAACCACCUAACAUAGCUUCAUCAACUAUGUCAAUCGUUUCGGCACAAGAAGCGGAGCAGCAGCUAGUGAGAGUGAACAAGCAAUUAACUGCGGAAAAUGAAGAACUUCAACGAAGACUUGUAGCAUUUGAGAGGGUAUCUGAAGAAAAUAGGUUGCUUCGUAAGGCUAAGGAGGAGAAGGAAACACUCAAAGCAUGCCUUACUUCUGCCCAAGAUGAAGUUAUGCGACUUUUAGAUGAAAAAAUUAAACUGUUGGAUGAUAUGAAGAGAUUGCAAGAUCAAUUGAGCGAGAGAGGGCGUCAAUGGAACAGCAAGAGAUAACAAUGCUGUUUCAACUGCACUAGUUGCUGUACUAAUAUAAGAAAAUCAUAGUGGUUAGUCACUAGGAUUUACUUGUAGAAGUUAGUGUAGUUGCCAGAAUUCAGCAACUUCUCUUGAAAUUAUUUGCCAAAAAAAUAUAUUUUUGACAACCUGGAUAGCUAUGGCGCUUAGGAGCGUUUGAUUCAAGGAUGUAUAUAUUUAUUUCCAUUUUGUGUCUUUCAGAAUACAAGAAAGAAUAUUAGCUUUUUGAAUACUCAACUGAAUCAAUUUGUCAAACGGUGAGAUUACUUCUGCUGUAUAUUCUCUUGGUAUGAAUCUUUUUUUAUGUUUUUACCAACAUUGAUUUUUAAUCGGAUAUUUUUAAAUUUCCCUGCAUAUUUCGAUUAGAGACACUAAUGCGAAUGUCGAAGGGUUAUUAAGAUAUGGUGCAUAUUCAGGAUUCUCGAAAAUUAUGAAACGAGCAUAAAUUUUCUCUGAAAUAUCAAAUAAUUCGUAGCAUGUAAGACUAUACGUUCCUCAAUAAGUAUAAAGUUCAUGAAUUCAUUUAGACUUUAUUCAUCUUGAAUUGUUCACUUUUUAUAAAAUCUAGACAAGUUUUUCGACCAUGAAGAAAAUUAAAACUUAUGUGAAUCGAGAUUAAGCCAAGAUACAUUUAAAAUUACAAAAAGGGGAAUGCUCAGGUUGCCAAAUUUUGUUCAUUCAUGUGUAAUUUUAUGUCAAACUGUUUUUUCUGAAUUUUUGGAUUUCCUUUAAAAUCCCAUUUAACAUAACAAUCAAAACAACUCAAUCAGCUGUUAGAAUGAAUAAUGCAAGAGAAUAGAUGACAAAAAUUAAUUUAAGGAUUUUAUUUAUAUGCAAAAUUCAAUGAGAUUUUUAUAUUGUUACUUAAGUUUUUCAGACAACUCUGUUCCGUCCCAAAUCUAAAUUACGAAAAUUAUUUUCAAUUUCAUAUGGGAACCAUUAGAUUUUCAUUAUUGAUUUCUAAAAAUUUUUCAAUUAUAUUUUCAAUUGUUAUGAAGUGCAGAAAAUUUGGUGUAACUAUAAAUUUAUUAUAUAUCUGAUAUUUUUGGAUGAAAAUUAAGUCUUGCUUUGUGAUAUUGCUAUCGAUGUGGAAUGUGUAACAAUGUUGUGGCAUUUUGAUAAUUUUUGUUAAUGUAAAAUAUUCAAUUUUCGAUAUUACGACUUUGAAAUGCAAUACAUACUUUAGUACUUAUAACAAAUCAUAAGUGAAUGUUGAAAUUUCUUGAAAAUAUGUAUUACAGCUCAUUUUUGUUAUUUAAAAUAAAAUUUUUUGCAUUAUUA